CAAAAUUUCAAUACUAAACACAAAAGUUACAAUGUAAAAUAAAGAUCUUAAUAGUUUUUGGUAAGAAUACAGGAAUGUAAAAUUUGAAAUGUAAAUAAAGAAAAUAAUAAUAAUAAAAGAGGGGAAAAAGAAUACAGGGAUUUUUUUUUUUUGGCCUUCCUUAUAUAUACUAAACUAGAAUGAGUACUUUUGGACUACAUAUAGGUUACAUACUGAGGUGGCUAAAAAAAAAAAAAAAAAAGCUAUCCCCAACUCCCCAUCAAGCUAGGGCACGUCUUUGAUUCCAACACUCAGCAAGGAGGCAGAUGAAAGUGGAUCUUUGUCCUUUGUCGGUUGAGUAGAGAGUUCCAGGUCAGGCAAGACUGCAUAAAGAGAUGUCUUUCUUUCUUUCUUUCUUUCUUCUUCUUCUUCUUCUUCUUCUUCUUCUUCUUCUUCUUCUUCUUCUUCUUCUUCUUCUUCUUCUUCUUCUUCUUCUUCCUCCUCCUCCUCCUCCUCCUCCUCCUCCUCUUCUUCCCCUUCCCCUUCCUCUUCCCCUUCCUCUUCCUCUUCCUCUUCCUCUCCUCCCCCUCCCCUCUCCGUUCCUCGCUCCUCCAGACAGGGUCUUAACUGUGUAGCCCUGGCUGAAUAGGAAUUCACUAUGUAGACCAGGCUGGCCUCAAACUCAGAGAUUAGCCUGCUUCUGCCUCUUGUGUGCUGGGAUAAAAGGCGUGCACCAUUAUACCGAAUGCGGUGUAUGUAGCCGUGUGUGUAGAGGUCUGCAGAGGUCCUCAAGCUGGCAUUAGACGCCCAGUGCUGAGAACUGAGCUUAGGCCUUCUGCAGAAGCAGCCAGCGAUUGUAACAAUGAAACCAUGUCCCCAACCCCUAUUCCCACAGAAGUUCUUUUUAUAAGUCUUUAGGAGUCAAGGCAAGAUGAAGCAAGUUCGACUGUGAUCUUUUUUCUUGUGUUUUGAGACAGGUCUCAUGUAGCCCAGGCUGGCUCUCACUGAGGAGAGAAUGACCUUGAACUUCAGAUCCUCCGGUUUCCACCUCCUGAGUGCUGGGAUUACAAGAAGCACCGAAAAAGAAAUCAAAGAGUUGUUGGCAGGCAUAAUCCAGAAUCUGGGGUAGAUGAAGGAUGUGGCCUGUAGGCAGGUCCAUCAGGGAAAAUGGGGGAAAAGACAUGACAGAUGCAUGCUCUCCCGAGUGAGAGGGACUGGAAGAAGUAAGGGCAACGUCCCGGAGUCCUCUUGCUUGAGAGUUUGUGGAAGGUAGGCGUCAUAUGCAGCAGGUGCCGCAUCUUCCCAAGGAGAGCAGAGCAGGCGACGGCAGCCUGCGCUCUCCAAGAUCCGCGGUAGAGGGCGCUGUAGCCACGCCCGUCCUGCGUCUCCGGGGCGGGACGAGCUCCAGGCCGGGGGGCGGGGCCGCACGCUCACGUGACCCUCGCUCAUGGCGGCGGCGGCGGCGGCGGCAGCGGCAGCGCCGGCGGCUCUCGGCGGCUGGAGCCGGAUCCUGUAGCCGGGGUGUGGGCCCGCGUCAGUCCGUCCCUCCUUCGGCCCCCUCUCGUCUUCCGGAGUGUGGCUGGCGCAGCCGCGAUGGCGGAGCGAGGCCUGGAGCCGUCGCCGGCCGCGGUGGCCGCGCUGCCCCCCGAGGUGCGGGCGCAGCUGGCUGAGCUGGAGCUGGAGCUGUCUGAGGGGGACAUCACACAGAAAGGAUAUGAAAAGAAAAGGUCCAAACUUCUGUCUCCUUACAGCCCACAGACUCAAGAAACUGAUUCCAUAGGACAAAAAGAAAGAAACCAAACUCCUGCUCCCACGGCAGCUCAGACUUCUGCUCCUUCCAAGUAUCACCGUUCACGUUCUGGAGGUGCGAGAGAUGAGAGAUACCGAUCAGAUAUCCACACGGAAGCAGUCCAAGCUGCUCUGGCAAAACACAAAGAACAGAAAAUGGCUUUGCCAAUGCCCACCAAGAGGCGGUCCACAUUUGUCCAGUCUCCUGCGGAUGCCUGCACACCUCCGGACACGUCUUCGGCCUCUGAGGAUGAGGGCUCUCUGAGACGCCAAGCUGCGCUCUCUGCUGCCUUGCAACAAAGCUUGCAGAAUGCUGAGUCCUGGAUCAACCGCUCAAUUCAGGGAUCGUCCACUUCUUCAUCUGCAUCUUCCACGCUGUCCCAUGGAGAGGUCAAAGGAACCAGUGGGUCUCUAGCUGAUGUGUUUGCCAAUACUCGAAUAGAAAAUGUCUCUGCUCCUCCCGACGUCACUGCAACUACCUCUUCCUCCUCUUCCUCACUUCGCCCUGCAAACAUUGACCUGCCCCCCUCUGGCAUAGUUAAAGGCAUGCACAAAGGAUCCAACAGGUCCAGCCUUAUGGAUACAGCUGAUGGUGUUCCUGUCAAUAGCAGGGUGUCCACAAAAAUUCAGCAGCUUCUCAACACCCUGAAGCGACCCAAAAGACCCCCCUUAAAGGAAUUUUUUGUGGAUGACUCUGAAGAAAUUGUGGAAGGUAUACCUCAGCCAGAUCCCAACCAGCCAAAGCCUGAAGGCCGCCAGAUGACCCCAGUGAAAGGAGAGCCCCUGGGCGUCAUCUGUAACUGGCCACCUGCACUGGAAUCUGCCCUGCAGCGCUGGGGCUCUACCCAAGCCAAGUGCCCCUGCCUGACUGGGCUGGAUGUGACGGGGAAACCAGUCUACACUCUCACAUACGGAAAGUUGUGGAGCAGAAGUUUAAAGUUGGCUUACACACUGCUUAAUAAACUGGGAACAAAAAAUGAACCUGUGUUAAAACCUGGAGACAGGGUUGCCCUGGUUUACCCCAACAAUGACCCUGUCAUGUUUAUGGUGGCUUUUUAUGGAUGUCUCCUGGCAGAAGUGAUUCCAGUACCCAUAGAAGUACCCCUGACCAGAAAGGAUGCCGGAGGUCAGCAGAUUGGCUUCUUGCUAGGGAGCUGUGGGAUUGCCUUAGCUCUCACCAGUGAAAUUUGUCUGAAAGGCCUGCCAAAAACCCAGAAUGGAGAAAUUGUACAGUUUAAAGGUUGGCCUCGCCUCAAGUGGGUUGUGACAGAUUCUAAGUACCUCUCGAAGCCGCCCAAAGACUGGCAGCCACACAUAUCACCUGCGGGCACGGAACCGGCAUACAUUGAGUAUAAAACAAGCAAAGAAGGGAGUGUGAUGGGAGUCACGGUGUCGCGGCUCGCAAUGCUGUCUCAGUGCCAAGCUCUGUCACAGGCCUGCAAUUAUUCUGAAGGAGAAACUGUAGUAAAUGUUUUAGACUUUAAGAAGGACGCUGGGCUGUGGCAUGGCAUGUUUGCGAAUGUAAUGAAUAAGAUGCAUACAAUUAGUGUACCCUACUCUGUUAUGAAGACCUGUCCUCUCUCUUGGGUCCAGAGAGUCCAUGCUCACAAAGCCAAAGUAGCAUUAGUGAAGUGUCGAGACUUACACUGGGCCAUGAUGGCACAUCGGGACCAAAGGGACGUAAGCCUGAGCUCUCUGCGGAUGCUGAUUGUCACCGACGGCGCCAAUCCCUGGUCUGUGUCGUCCUGUGAUGCUUUCCUGAGUCUCUUCCAAAGCCACGGACUGAAACCUGAGGCCAUCUGUCCAUGUGCCACAUCUGCAGAGGCCAUGACUGUAGCCAUCCGAAGGCCUGGGGUUCCAGGGGCUCCUUUGCCAGGAAGAGCCAUUCUCUCAAUGAAUGGACUGAGCUAUGGGGUCAUACGGGUCAAUACUGAGGAUAAAAAUUCAGCACUGACAGUUCAGGAUGUGGGACAUGUGAUGCCUGGAGGCAUGAUGUGCAUUGUGAAACCAGACGGACUUCCUCAGCUCUGCAGGACAGAUGAGAUUGGAGAGAUCUGUGUCAGCUCCAGGACUGGAGGGAUGAUGUACUUUGGACUUGCUGGUGUGACCAAAAAUACAUUUGAGGUGAUUCCAGUGACUUCUUCAGGCUCUCCUGUAGGGGACGUACCCUUCAUCCGGUCAGGGCUGCUGGGAUUUGUAGGGCCUGGUAGCUUGGUGUUCGUGGUUGGAAAAAUGGAUGGAUUACUCAUGGUCAGCGGCCGAAGACAUAACGCCGAUGACAUUGUUGCUACUGGAUUGGCUGUGGAGUCCAUAAAGACCGUCUAUCGAGGAAGGCACACUGGCCUUCUCGCUGUUCCUCAAACCUGCCAAGCUCGUCCCUACCUCAGAACCUUCCCGCUUUCCGUUCCUUCUGUCCGGAAUCCUCUUCCUCCAGAUCUUCGCGUGGCUCGCGUCCUCACCUCCUUCAGAAUUGCUGUGUUUUCUGUGUCUGUGUUUUAUGACGAGCGCAUUGUGGUGGUGGCAGAACAAAGGCCCGAUGCGUCUGAGGAAGACAGUUUCCAGUGGAUGAGCCGGGUGCUGCAGGCAAUCGACAGCAUCCAUCAAGUCGGCGUGUACUGUCUUGCCCUGGUGCCAGCUAACACGUUACCAAAAACCCCACUAGGAGGAAUCCAUAUAUCCCAGACAAAACAGCUCUUUCUGGAGGGUUCUCUACACCCGUGUAAUAUCCUCAUGUGCCCACAUACGUGUGUGACGAACUUGCCAAAGCCCCGACAAAAGCAACCAGGUGUAGGCCCUGCUUCUGUGAUGGUUGGGAAUCUGGUUGCUGGUAAACGCAUAGCACAGGCUGCCGGAAGGGACCUGGGCCAAAUAGAAGAGAAUGACCUGGUGAGGAAGCACCAGUUCCUGGCAGAGAUUUUGCAGUGGCGAGCCCAGGCAACUCCUGACCAUGUCCUCUUCAUGCUGUUAAAUGCCAAGGGAACUACUGUGUGCACAGCCAGCUGCCUUCAGCUUCAUAAGCGAGCAGAGAGGAUCGCUUCAGUACUUGGUGACAAGGGACAUCUGAAUGCAGGGGACAAUGUAGUAUUGCUCUACCCGCCUGGCAUCGAGUUGAUUGCUGCAUUCUACGGCUGCCUGUAUGCAGGAUGUAUACCUGUGACCGUGCGGCCCCCUCAUGCGCAGAACCUCACUGCUACCUUGCCCACAGUACGCAUGGUCGUUGAUGUCAGCAAGGCAGCGUGUGUCCUUACCACUCAAACUCUGAUGAGGUUGCUCAAGUCUCGAGAGGCAGCGGCAGCUGUGGAUGUGAAAACCUGGCCAGCCAUCAUUGAUACAGAUGACUUACCCAGGAAACGGCUACCUCAGCUGUAUAAACCGCCCACUCCUGAGAUGUUGGCGUAUCUUGAUUUCAGCGUUUCCACAACUGGCAUGCUCACAGGGGUGAAGAUGUCCCACUCUGCAGUCAAUGCUCUCUGCAGAGCCAUCAAGCUGCAGUGCGAAUUGUACUCUUCCCGGCAGAUCGCCAUCUGCCUUGACCCUUACUGUGGACUUGGCUUUGCACUCUGGUGUCUCUGCAGUGUGUAUUCGGGUCACCAGUCCGUCUUGAUCCCUCCUAUGGAGCUGGAAAACAACCUUUUCCUCUGGCUCGCCACUGUCAACCAGUACAAGAUCAGGGACACCUUCUGCUCCUACUCAGUCAUGGAGCUGUGCACUAAAGGGCUGGGGAACCAGGUGGAGGUGCUGAAGACCAGAGGGAUCAAUCUUUCUUGCAUCCGGACCUGUGUGGUGGUGGCAGAGGAGCGGCCCCGUGUCAGCCUUCAGCAGUCCUUCUCCAAGCUCUUCAAAGACAUCGGUCUGUCCCCUCGAGCUGUCAGCACCACUUUUGGAUCCAGAGUCAAUGUAGCAAUAUGUUUACAGGGAACCUCAGGGCCGGAUCCAACAACUGUGUAUGUGGAUCUGAAGUCGCUGAGACAUGACAGGGUCCGUCUUGUGGAACGGGGUGCCCCCCAGAGCCUCCUGCUUUCUGAAUCUGGAAAGAUCUUACCUGGAGUAAAAGUAGUUAUUGUCAAUCCUGAGACCAAAGGACCUGUUGGAGACUCUCACCUGGGAGAGAUCUGGGUGAAUAGCCCCCAUACCGCCAGUGGCUACUAUACCAUCUACGACAGCGAGACUCUUCAAGCUGAUCAUUUCAAUACCCGUCUGAGCUUUGGAGAUGCUGCCCAGACACUCUGGGCCCGGACAGGAUACCUCGGGUUUGUCCGCAGGACUGAGCUCACUGCAGCCACUGGAGAACGCCAUGACGCCUUGUAUGUGGUGGGUGCGCUGGAUGAGACACUGGAGCUGAGGGGAUUGCGAUACCAUCCUAUCGAUAUAGAGACCUCCGUGUCCCGCGUCCACAGGAGCAUUGCUGAAUGUGCUGUGUUCACGUGGACCAACUUGCUGGUGGUCGUUGUGGAACUAUGCGGCUCUGAACAGGAAGCCCUGGACCUGGUUCCUCUCGUGACCAAUGUGGUCCUGGAAGAGCAUUACCUCAUCGUGGGUGUUGUGGUUGUUGUGGACCCGGGCGUUGUCCCCAUCAACUCCAGAGGAGAGAAGCAGAGGAUGCACCUCCGAGACAGCUUCCUCGCCGACCAGUUAGACCCUAUCUAUGUGGCUUACAACAUGUAGCCAGCACUGGAGGGACCGCAGGGAAGACCUGUGGCUAGGAGCAGGCUUUCAGCUGACAUGAAGAUGGCCCCCGCACAGCCUUCAUCUCAUCCUGUGGGACUCUGACGUCACAGAACACCCAGGAAAGGGGAUUUCUGUGGUAUCACCGAGAACAUGUUAGCAGUCUGUCAGACCUGAGCUCUGGCAUGUGCGACAGCACGUUACUAAAGCAGUUACAUGCAUGUUGCGCUACCCUCAUCUGGUAUAGAGACCUGCAUUUUUACCUAACCUUCUAGACUCCUGAAAGGGAGUUAAAUGAAUUCACAUGAAGGGGUCGCCUGAGUCCCGCAGUUCCCCGCUCUGUACUGUAUUUUGCCAUUUCCCGUAGUCAGGUGUUCUGCAGGGUCUCUUCACAUGAAGCUGCCAAGCGUGAGUCAGCCCAUAAGCAAAGUCAAAUAACCCACGUGAGGACUGCUUUGUGUGUCUAACUCUCAGUUAUAAGCAUUCUGACCAGUGUUUAAACGUGUAAAUAAGAACACACAUAGUUAACUAAAGAACCAGGCAGUCCCCUGCUUAACUGCAGCCUGGAUAGCUGAGCUGCUGCUGAGGGCACGCCGUGCGCGACGGCUGACCUGGCAGCGUAGAGUGGGAUGAUCUAAAACUAAAGCUGCCUGUGCUUGUUUGUAAAGCUUAUACUCCCAGAAUUAGCCUGAGCUGCUAAGAAUUCCUCAACCCAUUCCUCUAAGCUGAAAAGCACUCUUGUCAGAAUUUAGACCUAACUAAGAUUCAUCAGUUCCUAACCUACUCUGCAGAACUGCAACAGUUCGCUCAGGCCAGUGUUGAAACUUUCACACCCUGAGUGACUACGGGAGAACUGCCAGCUUCCGCUUCUCUGUGCUCUGUGUCUGCGGUUUACAUAUAGAUCGUCCCCCUGGAAACUGAGGCAUGAGCUCUUCCUCAGAAGUCUGUGAGGGUGAAUGCUAAAGGCUGGGAAGGGAGUGGGCUAGCCAGCUCAUGGAACGUAGGCCGCAUACGCACAUCUUACCAGUAACCAGUGUGGUUGCCAGAGUGGUCAGGCUGCUCUGAGACAGGGAAGUCUGAUCUCCGCAGGAAACUCUUGUGAAGUAACUGGUGCCUGAGGUGCACUCAAGUGUGGGACUGAGCUUGGCUUCUGGCUCAGUUUCCAUUUUUUGGUCUGAAACUUCAUGUAUUUGAAUAUAGUUAAAUUUUAUUAUUUUUUUCUUACAGAAAUAUUUUUAAAAAUUAAAGAAAAUCUCAAGUGAAAAAGAAUUAACCUGUUAAAUCAGAAUGGUUCUCUUUGACCCGUUCUGGUCUAUUGUGUAAAUAUUUAUUUAGACUAUUUUGAUAAUACAUAUUAUUUACCCCACUGUAACAUCCUGUAAACUAAAUGCGUUUUUAAGCAAUUUUUAAGACUUGUAAUUACCCUAAAAAUAAGGUUUAUUAAGCCAAGACCAGACUUUUGAGCAGGGCAGCACUGCCAGGCUGUCGUCAGUUUCACCAUGUGGCCUCUGUGCCCCUCCUCCGUAGUCCUCUCCCUCCGUACAUGCUCCACAGAAAGAAGACCUCUGCUGCCACCUCGGGCUGUGCACUUGGGAUACGGUUGGUUCUCACGCCAUGAGGGAGAUGUUGGGGUAUACAGGAAGGGCAGAGUGACAUCCCCUCUCAGGACUGAGUCCUUUACAAAGGAAAUGGCUUGUGUAUUUUGAAAGUCUUAAAACUAAUUGUUUUUCUUUUUUUUUUCUUUUCUUUCUUUCUUUUUUUUUUUUUUGAAACAGGGUCUUUUGAUAUAUUCUAAGCUAUCCUCCUUCCCCUCCUUGGUUACAGGUGUACUCUGCCAUGUGUAGCUCUUAAAACGGCCCAUGGUACCUACUAAGCAGAGCAAGGCCUGGGUAUCAAACAGUUCUGUGUUAACAGUUCCUAAAUUCUAAGGUCCUUGAAUUUGAAGGAAAGACCUUUAGGCCAACUCUGUCUUGGCUGAUAACUCUUACAAUGCACGUUACUAACUUGGUGUCGCUACCCAGGACACAUUGUCUACAGUAAAUGGAAUGUGAGCCACAUCUGUACUCUAAACUUUCCUAAUAACUGUGUUAAACAAGAACAACAAAAAAAGGUCUCAUUGUGUAGCCCUAGCUGCUUAUAACUCGCUCUGUAGACCUGGCUGGUGUCAAACUGGAGAUCCUCCUUCCUCUGCCUCGGGAGGGCUGGGGCUAAAGGCACACAGCACCAAACCCAGCUAAGUACAGCGUCUAAACAUUUCUUAAAGCAUAUGAUAUUGGUUUUAAUAUAUUUACCAAAAGUACUAUUGCUUGGAUAUAAAAUCACUGAGCUGUUUCCGGUUCUCUCUAAGUUUGGGAAUCCUAUGUGUAUUUAGUUCUGACUAGUCGUUUGAGGUCUCGGUGGCAGAGCCUGGCUAGUGACUACCAUGUUGGUCAGUGCAGCCUGCUAUCACUCCUUCAAGCACAGUUCUGAACCCAGUCCAUCCAUCCAGUGGGCCAGCUCCCAGACAGCCAUUCCCAGGUCAUCUUCUUUAAGACAGUGCUAGAGUAGAACACGGGGCCUGUGCAUAACAAACGCCCUACUUCUAAGCUCGUCCUUAGUAGCCCAGGCUGGUCUAGAACCUCUGGUCUUCCUUUCUCUGUCCCGAGUACUGAAAUUGCAGCAGACACCUUCAUGCCUUGCCCAGGCUUCUAGUCUUUUCCUCCUUCUGGUAAUGACUACUUCUUUUUUUUUUUUUAUUUUCUGUUGCUUUUCUUUGAGUCCAUCCCCCCAAAGUCAGCCUUUACUAGUAGAGGAACAAGACCUGAGCGCUGUCCCUGGGGAACCUCACUAGUCAUUCCUUUCCCUUGAUGGGGCUUGUGAUGGACCCAAGGUCUACCUCAGACUUGAGUCUGUUUCCCCUUGAUAGCAUCAUGGUUCUGGCCUUUUCCACAUUCAAUGGAAGCUUCAUGGUUGUUCUGACAGUGAAAGCAGUCCUGGAGAUCCCAUUAUUAAUAAAACAAAAAGGCCUGCAGAGAUUCCUGACCACUGAUCAUGCGGCCAGGAAGGGGGACCAAGAGUAAACCCCAUCUUAAUUACAAGAGAAAAUUUUUUUCUUUUUCUCGUGUGUGUGUGUGUGUGUGUGUGUGUGUGUGUGUGUGUGUGUGUGUGUGUGGAGGGGGAUGCACAUUUACUGUAUAGCCUUUUUGCUGGCUCUCAAACUUGAUGCUCUUGCCUCAGCCUUCCAGUGCUGAAAUUUCAGGCUGCUGCAAACAGCCAUACCUGGCAAGAGAAGUCUUCUAAUCUGGAAACCUGUGAAGCCUCAGCCCUUGAGAGGGCCCGAGAUGGAUCAGGGAGUUCUAGCUGCACACACCCCGAGCGCCUGAGCCCUCAGAAUGCCCACCAUGCACACAGAGACUCCAUUCUCCCCAGGACCAAGUCCUCUGCUGUUGGGGACCAUGGCCUGUCUCCUCACCUUAGUCCCUGGGCGUUUGCUUAUUGGUCUCCUGGAAUCUCAAAGGGCCUGAGGCCUUAGGCUCCUUUAAGGUCUCUGUCUCAGGCAUGGUGCUCAAUAUCUUGGCCAAAUAAGUUACUUCCCUUGAAUAUCCAGGAAUUUUAAACUAAAGCAAUGAGUUGUCUGUCACCUUGCCCUGGAACUCCAGCGUAACCUGCCUUAGUGUUCCUUGUGUUGUCUGCUUUGAUGUAAAACCACAGGUGUGUCGAGGCAGAGGCUGCAGUCCUCUGUGCGCACAGUAGGCCUUUGCUUUACCAUUCAACAGUUCUGACUUAGGCAUGUGUAGAUGGGUCCUUAGAUUCGUCCCGAGGAAGAGACUGCAAAGACACAUGAAGAUUUCUGAUCCUAAAAUGCUGUUUUGUUUACUUCCUGUCAAGAUAUCAACCCCUGUCCAAUUCAAACUAUAGUACUGUGUAAUUAUGUAUAAAGGUUUUUUUAUUUAUUUGAAAUUAGGUUAGAUAUACAUUUUUAAAUUUAACAUCUGGCUGGACAGUGUUCUAUUAACUCAUUGAAUGUGUUUCCUUUGUCUUGUGUUAAUAAAUAUUGAUGCUUGA